AUGGAUUUCUCUGUAGAUGAAUCGCCGGCGGUGAAAGCUCUUGGCCCUCUUUUUAAGCUCACCGAAGUUCACUUAUGGGACGAUGAUUCAAGUAAGGUGGCGGAAUCAUCUUUUGUUCAAGAAUCCAUUCUAUUGCCUUCGCCUAGCGUGCCAAGUGUGGAUCUUGUUCCGGACGAGAUUCCCUCCAUUAUAAGCAAAUACUGGCUGCAGAGGUACCUAUUAUUCUCCAGAUUCGACGAUGGCAUUAAGAUGGACGAAGAAGGAUGGUUCUCUGUCUUAGCCAAACAUCAUGCAGAGCGCUGUGGCCGUGGUGCAGUAGUCGAUCUCUUCACUGGAGUUGGAAGGAAUGCUAUUCAAUUCGCCCAGUGGUGUAGACAUGUGAUUGCGAUAGAUAUUGACCCUAUUAAAAUCGACUACGCACGACAUAAUGCAGCGCUGUAUGGAGUCGAUGAGAGGAUAGAAUUCAUUAAGGGUGACUGCUUUUCUUUGGCCCCUAAAUUGAAGGCUGAUGUAGUUUUUUGUUCUCCACCUUGGGGAGGUCCUGGCUAUUCCAAAGUAACGAAAUUCGACAUCAGCACCGCGCAAUGGGUAUUGCUCGUUUUUUGA